AUGCUUUGGAGUUCAAAUAAAGAGAAUGGAUCUGCUUCCGACGAUGAAAAAACUGUUGGGGAUUCAGAUGACGAUGCCCCAAAGGCAAUUACUCUUGCGCAGCCGCAGCAAGGAAGGACGCUUCUGCCUAGGCCAGCCGCCGCUGUCGUGAGCGGCGUCACUGGCCUGACUUCCUUCUAUGUUCGUGGAGCAACAAAAGUCGGGGGUUGGGGACUUUAUGCUGGUAGGGAAGCUACACUCAAGACAUUGGCAGUCAGUCGCAGUGCACUGGAGUCUAUCCUGGUCGCCGCAGGACGGGAUGUGUCUACGCGAAGUAACGGCGAGCUGGGACGGGUGGAAGCCGAGAAUCUGCUGGAGAGGAGUAUCUCCGCGCUGCACUCGACCAUCUCAACGACCUCCUUUUUCGCCUCGACGGGCUUUCACCUCACCGAAGCGCUCAUGAACUCCAUAUCUGGUCUAUCCAUCCAAGGACUGGCUACGCUCAAUGCUAUCCUCGGCUCCACCGAAUCCUCCCGUGCCGUCGCCGCAAUUAUCACGCUGAUUAGAGAUGAAUUGAACAAGCCCGAGGUUGGUGGAACUGGCGAGGUGGUGACAUACUUGGACCUCAUCAUCGCCACCAUCGGAUUCGUGAUGCUACAGAGGUGGGGGAGGCGCAAGACGGAACUGGACUUUCGCGAUGCUGGCGGUGAAGAAACAAUUUGGGACGCUGUCAUUGAUGACAAGGGUUUCCGGGCUGACGUCGUUGGGACAAGGAAAAAAGGCUUGAUCAGCAUACACGCCAAUGCUGGUGGGCCGUCAAUGACAUUUACUUCUCCAGAUGGCGAUGAUGACUUUGAGGCCUUGGAAGGGGGCACCACGUUUGAUGCUCAAGCAGUUGCACAGGCAGCCGAGGAUCAGACCAAGCUGACUGAAGAAGAAAUUCGUGAGCGGAUCAUGAGCCAAAUACCGUCUGGAGCUCGAGCCGUCAUUACCUCGGAGACGAUCACUGCCAAAACAAUCCGAGUCGACAUCUACGAUACCGAAACGACUCAUAUUGACCCUCCGCCAGGAACCGUUAUGGUUGCAGAAAGGUUGAACCAUGAAAGCUCGACAAACGGCAGCCAAGUCGGACCUCAUCAAACUGUCAUAUUCCGAACGGCCUUGAAGAGAUCGAGCAGUAGAGAGAAACCGUCUUCAGCUGAGCAACUGCGAUUAACAGGCCAUGACGGGCUGACUCAAGAUCACCCUGACACAGACGACUUGCUCAUGAUGAAGACUGCCCCAAAACGAAUCUCUAUCGUGGAUGAACCCAUUCAGAUAGAUAACGGCACCUUCUCCAGUUCGGAUCGCGAUGAGUCGGCAAUCGAAUCAUCUUCACCACCAACUUCUUUCCCCCCAAAGCUGUUAGGCCCUAUUGCAAAUCAGAAAAAGAGCCGCCGGCCAGUUCUUAGCUCAACCAAGUCCUCCCCCAAUACAAGCGGUGCUAGUCGAAUACCCCUUGUCAAAGGUAAAAAGGACAAAUCACCUCCAGUCGCCAAGAGUGACAAGGGAAGCGUGAUAAAGAAAGCACUGAAAACGCUCAGCCCGAGUCAGUCGUCAGGAGCGGUAAAGGACCUCCCCAAAGCACCACCGCAGCAACGAAAACCAUCAACCGCGCUUGCAGUACAGCCGCCCAGGUCUAGGGCGCCUUCGACGAAUCGUGAGGAGGCGACGCCGAGGAGAACUUAUGCUUCGUUGAGCCAUGGGCAUACGCCCCUGACAAGUCCGAGUCUGCAUCGGGCCGCCGAAUCUUCUACAAGCUAUUUUGCGUUGCACGACCGGAGAAGAGACUCGAUCGUCUCGCAGACGACGGAAACAUAUUCUAUACAUUCGCAUGAGAGUCGCCCCGGAUCUCCCACGUUUACUAGGACUCGUACUCGAGUUGUGAAUGGGUUGACUCAGACGAGAUCGGAGCUCGGACUGGCACUGGACGAGACCGAAACCAGAGUCGACCCAGCCACAGGCACAGCCCAUCAUAGACGGUCUAGGUCUUUUGUUCCGAGUCUGUAUUCGAUGGGAACCAAGGAUUCAACGGAAGCCAUUCUUUUAGCGCCCAAGACCCCUGUGCCUCGAAAGUCAAUAUAUGAGGACCACAGUAUAUUGGCUGCUCUCAUCACGAAUGGAAAGGUGCCAGGUAUCUUCCCUGAUCGUCAUCUUGUCAAGACGGUUCGACGAUUCGCAAGAUUCGCCUCAGCUUCAUAUGGCGCGAAUUUCCUGCGGAUUAUGGGCCUCACAACAGCGGAAGAUGAGCUUAGCAAGUCGACAGAGCUCAUGACCCUCGACGUUCACCACGAGCACAGCUCGUUUUCAACCCACACAGGUCUACCUCCGGACACUAUUUUGUUGUCAUCCUUCUUUGACCCACAAGGAGUUACUGGCAAUACCGACUGGUCCCCUUCGGCCAUCUCUCCAUUGAUUCAUUUCAUUUCGAUCGACGAUGAUUCCAAAGCCGUGGUUCUGACCUGUCGCGGGACGCUUGGCUUCGAAGACGUUCUGACGGACAUGACUUGCGAUUACGACGAUUUGCUGUGGCAAGGCCAGCGAUACAAAGUGCAUAAAGGCAUUCAUGCCUCGGCAAGACGACUGUUAGGUGGUAGUGGAAGCCGCAUUAUGGCCACCAUCAGAGCAACACUGGAACAAUAUCCCGAUUACGGCCUCGUUCUUUGUGGACAUUCCCUGGGAGGUGCAGUUGCGGCCAUUCUCGCCAUCUUGAUCGCAGAGCCAUCGUUCGACGAAUCCAAGACGUCCUUCGUUACAGGCAGCAAGCCUAAACUCCUUACCCAUCAACCCACCAGCCAACCGUUUACUGCCUACGUCCCUCCCAUCAGUCUUCCCCCCGGGCGUCCAAUCCAUGUAUACGCCUACGGUACACCCGCCUGCAUGUCCGAGCUUCUCCGCGUCGCCACCCGUGGCCUCAUUACCACCGUUGUCAACCACGCCGAUAUUGUGCCCUGUCUCUCCCUGGGCAUCCUGCACGACUUCCGCACCGUAGCACUGCACCUCAAACACGACACGACGGACGCUCUCGGUGCUCUCAAGACCCGGGUGUGGAGCCGUCUCAAAACCGCCGUAAAGUCGGCAUUCUACAACAACCCGAAAGGACCGCCUCCGCCAGAAAACAUGGCAGGCGACGGCCUUGGUGAAGACACGUGGGCAUGGGCGGCACUGAAAACCCUACGCGCAGCAAUGGUGAAUGACAAACUGGUCCCGCCUGGUGAGGUGUUCGUGGUGGAAACGACCCGCGUCUUUGACCGACUGGACCCGGACGUGGCCCGCGAGGCUGUCUUUGGACCCGAUGACUCCAAGGACGACCGUACGGAAAAGCUUUAUCGAGCGCUCGGGAGACCGGCCACGAGGGUGCAGUUCAAAUUGGUGCGGGAUGUGGAGAGGCGAUUUGGGGAAUUGAGAUUUGGUAGAGAUAUGUUUGGCGAUCACAGUCCCGGCAGCUACGAGGCCAGUCUGGCGGCGUUGGAUCGGGGAAUUUGUGAAGAGUGA